AGCCCAUUUUACACUCAUGAAUCUGGAAAACGUACUAAGCCAGGGAGGAUCAAACGCGCUCCCUGCGAAAGAGAAGAUGCUGGGGGAAGAUGGACAUGUACCGCUGGCGACCAGCUCAUGUUCCAAGCAACUGGUGCAGGCAUAUCACACCUGUCAGGAAGCAGGAGCGCUGCCGGCAUCACAGAAAGUAGUUCAACAUCGCUGGGCCGAAGUGACCCUAUUUCAGUUUGUAUAUUCGAUGAUCAACACUGGCAUGGGUCUCUGUGUGCUUCCCCAGGAAGCAGACCGGCUCAACAGCGGUGCUGGGAGCCUUUGGGUUGGAAUUUAUCUAGCAGUCUGCGGUGCGGCUCAAUUAAUUUGUCCAUUGGCUGGAAAGUUUUCGGAUCGUCACGCCAGCAGUUGGGGGAGACGACGCCCCUUCAUUGCAACUGGCAGUAUUUUGUCCAUCAUUGCUUUGUUCUUCCUUAGACAGGCCAGCAUUGAAGGAUGGCCGAUGACAUAUCUCUUUGCGCUGCUAGUGGCGCAGAUCUCAUUGAAUUUGGCGUUUUCCGCUCAUAACGGAUUGCCUGCUGACCUCUAUAGUGAUGGGGGUGGCAGCCCUAAGGACACGCAGGAACGAGACACGGCCGGCGUCGUCAGCGCCUUCGUGGCAAUGCACACUUUCUUGGGUUCGCUCUUUGCAGUGCUCAUCAUCAUCGCUACGCAUGAGAUGCCAGUGCACGUACAGUACACCUGCUAUAUGGCUGCCACCGCAGUGGCGUGCACGGUGGUCUGCCAAGCAGCCAACGAGGAAUCAACGCUGCACGCGGAAAAUGCGGAGCCAAUCACUGCUGCCGAGGUCUGUGGCAGCUUUACGCUAGAUCCAUCCGCCCACGAGGAUUUUCUUUGGGUUUGCAUUGGCCGGCUCUUCUAUUAUGUUUCAACGUCGGUGACCGUUUUCUUGUACUACUACCUGCGUGACAACUUGCAGAUCGACGACGAAGCCGAGCUGCGCAUCAAGUUGGCCUCGCUGAUGAUCGCCGCGCAGGUGGUUGGCGCGACCAUUUCGGUCCCAGCGGGUCGCAGCUCCAAUGUCUUCGGCCGAAAACCUGUGAUCUACCUGGCAUGUUCGAUCAUGUCAGUCACCUUCUUGCUCUACAUUUGGGCGCCAUUGGUGCCAGGCGACCUGCGUUGGCACCUGGUCCUCAGCGCUGGGCUGUGCUACGGCCUGGGCAGUGGGAUCUAUGUCAGCGUGGACUACGCCUUGGCGUUGGAUUGCCUACCACAGGGCAAGACCACUGCGGAGGCCUUCGGUCUCUGGGGCGUUGCAGGUUUCUGCGGAUGCACUGCUGGGCCGGUGGUCUCGGGUUUGCUGUUGGCGGCCAAUCAGGUUUCCACUGAGAAACACAUGCAUACAGUUGUCUCGCACUAUGCCUACACUGGCUACGUUGUGGUUAUGCUGCUGGUUGGCGUCUCCAUGAACAUCUUUGUAGUUGGAGCAACUCACAUGAUCAAGGGUACCAAAUGACGGCUUUCGCCUCUGGUAAUUAUGUAGAAAAUCA